AAUUAUGAAAAAUAAUAUAGUCUGUGGUCAAGUGAAAUCAAAAAUGUUUCUAUUUUCGAACUACCUCUAUACUAAAAAUGUUUUAGUAUAAAGUUACGCAUGAUAAAUAAAACCGUGACACAAUUUGUUUGAUCAAAAUAUAUAAUUUUAAUUUUUUUAAAGCCACUGCAUGCAGUUUAAAAGGUUGUACAUAACAGAAUCGAAAAUUUUUAACUGUUAAUUUCAAAAGGUUACUUCCCCUGAAAAAAAAACAAGUUAAUUUCAUAUGAAAGACCUUAGAAAGUUGUCUAGUAAUUUGCAAAUUAUUUUGAAAAGUAUUGAUUGGUUGUUAUUGAUAUUUUUGACUUGAAAUUUUUAUUAAUUAUGCAUGACACCAGGAAUGGAGUGAGGUUCUGCUUUUGUCAGUUUUACCAAGGCAUAUAGGAUAAAAUAUGUUUUCAGUUUGACUUGUUUUAUACCGUUGUGUUUGUUAUUUAUCUUAAAGAUUAUUAGUUUUUAUAAUAGAGAAAUGAAAAAAGCAAAACUGGAUGAUGACCUAAUGGAAAUUGGAAAAGCAGUUUUGAAACAGUGGUUAUCUGAUUAUUGUCACAAGCCAUCUUAUUUAACAACAUUGAGUAUAAAUGACACAAAACUACAAGAGACGUUAUUUAAACAUUUUUCAGAUGUAGUACCCUCACUUCUACAGAAGGUAAAAGUUGGCGGAAUAACAAAGUACGUUAUAGAUGAUGAAAAAUUUGAAAAGUUAAUUGCUUUGCCACUUGAACAUUUUAUAUGUGGAAUCAAAGGAUUUUCCUCUUUACAAGCUUAUAGUAAGCCUCUAAAGUUUUGUGGUCGCGUAUUUAAAGUUGGGGAUCCAACAUACUCGUGCAGUGAUUGUGCUGCUGACCCAACAUGUGUUCUUUGUCAUGAAUGCUUUCAUCAAUCCUCACACAAGAAUCAUAAGUACAAGCUUCAUGCAUCGCAUGGAAGUGGUGGAUAUUGUGACUGUGGUGACAAGGAAGCAUGGGCAACAGACCCUGCAUGCGACUUACACAAAGAAGGCUUAAGUGUUGAUGAGACAUGGGACCCUCUUGCUGCUCUUCCGAAGGAUAUUCAAAAGCGUACAGCUUUUAUCUUUAUGUUUGUGCUUCAAUAUUGCAUUGAUCUUCUCUGUUGGAAAGCAUAUGAAGUUUUACCUCAACCUCUAGUAAGAAGUACCUAUAAAGAACAGGAUUUUAUUGUAAUGAUGUUUAAUGAUGAAUCCCAUACAUAUGAUGAGGUUAUUAACACAUUACAACGAGCUAUAAAAUGUACUCAAAAAGAGGCUGUGAAUUUUGCAACAAUUGUCGACAAGGAGGGAAGAUCCGCAAUCUAUACCAAUAAUUUUGCUGAAUGUGAAAAAGUUGUGUCUAUGUGCCGUACACACACUAUGGCAGGUGGUAAAAUUCCAUUAAAGUGUGAAGCAAUACACCAAGACAUAGUUACACAUCAGCUGGUUGCUCUCAGUCUGAUGAAAUGGUUAAUUAAGGCUGUUGAAAUUUCAGAUUGUCUUAGAAGGUUAUUAUGUGUGUUGGUUUCUAAAAAGUUGCAUGGACGACCAGAAUCUUUACUUCAUCAAGUAAUUAUUGCUGAUACAGAUUUUUGGAAAGUUGUUCGGAAGAAAUCACACCAUUUGUUUAUGAAUACUUUGUUGAUGGAUAUGUAUGGUCGCAAUGAGUUUGCAAUUGAGUUUGCAAAGUGCUACAAGACAAUUAUGAGGGACUUCAUUGAUGAUGAUCACGAACACUCACUUUCUGUGGCUUCAUUAUCUGUUCAAAUAUUUACAGUACCAACAUUGGCUGAAAGUUUAAUGUUAAAUGAAAGUAUUUUGGAAGUUUGUUUAGAAACGUUUUGGAAUGAACUAAAAACUUACAUCGGAGAAAAUGGUAAUCUUGACUUUUUUAAUAAUACAAAAGCAGAUCUUCAACGUGCUGAUUUUAUACUGACUGAUCUGAGAUAUUUGUUUCGUCACAAACCAAAAUGGUCAGUUUCCAUGAGAAGUCAGUUUUUAAAAGCAUUUAAUGUUUUCUUGGAUAUUUUGAAAGCGAUGCAAGGAAUGGAUUCUGUUUAUCGUAUAACACAAACCCACAUAGCGUAUGAACCAAACUGGGAGUCUGGCUUUAACCUGCAGUUAUGGAUGAUUAAACUUUUAGAAUUAAUGUUGUCCUGGUGUUGUAGUGAUGUUGAAAUUUUUAAAGCUUCUAUAAGCAAAUGCAUUAAAGUGUUAAGAAGCCUUACUCCACUGCAAUAUCACAAAGUCAAUGGAUUUGUGAUGGUAAAGCCUGUUGUUGGAAGAGCAUACGUUUCUGUACAUGCUACACUGAGUCGCUUCAUAGCAGGUUUGAUCCCUGGAAUCACAAAAUUUUCAUUAAAUUUAAGUGAAAUAUUACAAAUACAAUUUUAUGAAGCAAAUUCCACCGAGCACCAAGUUGAGAUGAUGGAAUAUUCAUUGCGUGCUUUAGUUUUGUUAGCACAAGUAAAUGCGAGAAUGUGGAAGCGAAAUGGUUAUGCUAUCCUUCAUCAGUUGUUUCAUUACCAAAAUGUUCGUUUUGCAUCUGAAAUGUUUGAUCGAGACAUUUUGUUGUUACAAACAAUGAGUGCAGUGAUGGAUUCGAAUCAUUUUCUCAAUGUUGUGCUGAAUAAGUACAAUCUAACAAACUGGGAAAGCCCAACAUAUGCUGCAACUGACGAAGAUGUCAAAACGACAGAAUGUAUUGCAGAAGAAUUUUUCUUAUUGUUACUUUAUAUUUUAAGUGAACGAUAUGUUAUUGGUUUAAGUGACACCACUGUAAAAGAAAUAUUAAAAAGAGAGGUCAUUCAUCGGCUAUCACUUGGUCCCAUUUCACGCAGUGUUUUAGUAAAAACAUUACCAUCCGGCGAUCCUGAUGAUAGUAAUAACUGUACUUUUGAAUCAAUGUUGGAUGAAGUUUUGAAUGAAGUUGCUACAUACAGGGAACCCGGUGUAUCAGGAAAAGGGUUGUUCAAAUUGAAAAAUGAGGAGUUGUCCAAAUGUAAUCAAUUUUUCUUCCAUUUUUCGAAAACAGAACGUUCAAAGAUGAUUGAAGAAAGAAAAAAAAUUGUUAAGAAAGAGUCUUUAUCAGUUGAUUAUUUGCCUCUUCCACCCAAGUUUCUUCCACAAUUUGAAGGUGUACUACACAUGCUGUGUUGUGAGAAAAUGGAGCAUUUAUUAAAAGUGGUGUUAAAGAAGGCAAUCAAUGGCUCAGUUACUUCUGAUGAACUUAUUGAGGAGGUUUUGUUGAUGAUUGCUGUUGGUUUGCUGGAAGUAAAAAGACACAGGGAAGAAAAUCAAAAGUUGAGAGAUUUCAAUUUUCUCCAGUUAGUCACAAAAGAAGACAAAGAAAAAAGCAUUCAACAACUUCUAAAGCAGCUUUCUCAAAACACAAAAACAGAAUAUUACACCAUGUUAAAAUGGACGAGACAGCUUCUACAAACUGAAUUGGAGCAUUCUAAUCUGGUGAAUAUGGAGACUAAAGAUAGCGAAACGGAUGGAAUGCAGCUGAUGCUGGAGAAAUCAAGGAAAACUAAAAUGGCGCAAGAAAGAAGAGAUAAAAUGAUGGCCCAGAUGAAAGAUAUGCAAAAAGCUUUUAUGAAAACACAUUCUGCCAUGUUUACAGAUGACGCUAAUGAGGAAGCAGACAAAGAUAUGGAAACAGCAAACUUGAUGAAUCCAGUUGCGAUUGGGGUAAAACAUUCUAAAGUGGAGGCUUUAACUACUACUGCACAAUGUAUACUCUGUCAUCAAGAGGAAGAAAAGAUGGAUACAGAACACUCCUUCGUUGUGACUUGUUUUGUACAUAAUUCUAUGUUUUUAACUGCGAAAACCAUGAGACCUCGGACUGAAAUUCUGCCUGAAUUAAAUCAUGCAACACGACUCAAUGUAUCUAGUUGUGGUCACAUACUCCAUAGCCAUUGCUGGGAAAAAUACUAUAAUUUAGUCAAGGAAAAAGAAGGCAUAUCUUUUCUGCAACACCGAAGGAGAUCUUGCAUUGAUACGUCAUUGUCAGAAUAUUUAUGUCCGUUGUGCAAUGCAUUGUGCAACACAGUUUUGCCUCUGUUACCCAAAGCUGAGGAAGAAGAGUGUGCUGAUAGUCAGGACAUGAUGCUGAGCGAGUUUCUCACGUAUCUUGAAAGAUUUUCUGCUGAGAUGUCAUCAUUCCCGAAAAUAGGACCCCGAAGGAAAAAUAUUUCCAUCUCAUCGGAUUCCAAUUCAAACUUUGCUUCAACUAUGCGAAGACUGCUUUAUACUUACAUUGGAACUGACAAUCCAAGUUCUACAGGCGUUUUUUCGGAAUUAUUUGCAAAGAAGUUGUUUACUUCUUCCAAUCUUGAGAAGUCCUCUCACGACGCAACUGGCCCGCCAUUAGCCUGGAUGGCAUGUUCAUUUUCACUGCAAUCAUUAGAAUGUAGCCAUCGAGACAUGAAAAAGAAUCUAUUUCACAAUCUGUCAGAUCGACAGAGCAAAUUUUGGCUGACUUUCGUUCAAUACUUAGCUUCAAAUUGCCACGCUGGAAUACAUGAAGUGAAAGACUUUGGAGAUAUACUAUUUCAAUUUUUAUGCAGUGAUGACAAUGAGAGUCAUAUGUCAAUACUCAAUAUUGACAUCUUCGGCUUGAUGCUCAGCUUGAGAUUCUUAAUGACCGCUGUUCAACAUAUGUUUCAAGAGCGGUCAACGAAUUUCAUGAAGCUGUCAUCUUGUUUGAUCGACGAUGGAGUGCUUAAAAUAUGUCUUGUGGCGUAUUUGGUGAAAAUCUAUAUAACCGCUCCGCAGUUUACUAUGGAAGAAAUUAUUGAAGAUUCUGAAGAGCUACCCGUUGUUCAAACGUGGCGCUUCAUUAAGAAACUGUGCAAAUCCGACGAAGUAUCAAAUAUAAAUGGCGAUCUUUUAAAAGAACAUGUUGUGACAUCACUGCUCCCCUUUUUAAGAUGUUCAACUUUAUUUUUUCAUUUUCUUACUGGCAUCAAGUUACCAGACGACCUUAAAACUGGGAAAACACCAAACGCGGAUGAGUUAGUUUUGUUGUUAACUUAUCUUAACCUUCCUCGCGAUCUUAACCAAAUACUCUCACUUGAUUGGCUGGUGUCUGAAUCACGUGUCGUUUCAAUGAUUGAAAGAUGGUGUGCCCAUGAUGAUGUUAUAGCAGAAGUCAAAAACCCCACGAGGGAAAUUUGUUAUGCUCAAAGCAGAAGACUGAUCACAUUACCAAAAGCCUACAGUACGCUGAUAAACAUGGCGUCUGGAUUUAUAUGUCCAACAGUCGGUGAUAGCAGUCGCGCGCCAUCGUUGUGUUUAAUAUGCGGAACGACUUUGUGUGGUCAAUGCUAUUGUUGUGUCUCUGAAAGUGACCGUGGCGCAUGCGCAAUGCAUUCGAUGGAAUGCGCAAACGGUGUUGGUAUAUUUCUUCGUGUACGGCAGAGCGAAGUAUUACUCAUGUUUAAUGGAUCAAAAGGAGCGUUUGUGUCGUCUCCAUAUCUCGAUCAGUAUGGGGAGCCAGAUCGAGGAUUUCGGCGUGGCAAUCCAUUGUUUUUAAAUGAGAAGAGAUAUGAACAGUUGGAACAGCUUUGGCUGCAACAGAAAGUUCCAGAAACAAUCGCGCAACAGAUGGAAAUGAAUCGGCAUUUGUUGAUGCAAGAUUGGGAACAACAAUAAACUUUCUAAGCCAAUCAAAACAGACUUCUACACAGUCAAGUAAUACCGGAAACUUUCUUGUGGGUCAAACUUUAUAUCAUCAUAAUAGUUUCUGAAUUAUCACUCGAUAUUUUACUGCUGGGUAUUUUCAGUAAAUUAUAUAUAAUCAGAUCUUUUGUAUUUAAAUCUGGAAAUUUUGUUGGCCUUGGAUCCAACAGACAAUUUCUCUCUGUAGAAACCUUGUAAAACUUUCACAUGCAGAAGUACUAUAUUAAAUGACAGACGAAUGGAAGUGGAAUUUCAAGAAACGAUUUCAAACAGUACAGAAAAAAAACUAAAUAAUCACCCGACGACCUUCAAAUUUUCUAAAAAACGAUCACCAUCUUGUAUUUUUAUACAUCUUGUGACAUCAUGAUGUUACUAUAAUAAAAUACUACUUAUCCCA